ACCAAAAGUUUUAAAAUGAAAAUGUUUGGGGCCAGAGUUCAUUGUUCAUGUGGGCAGUGAGUACUACUUUAGAUCACGGAGAGUCCUGUUUUGUCUGGGGGUGAUUCUGGAAAACAGUUACUGCAGAGAUCAGAUUUUAUGCCUCAGUGAGCCAGUUGGUUUGCCAUUUAAUACAAAUGGCACCCCCCAACUUGUCUUCACGUGCCACUGCUAGUUGCAAGUUGCCGCAUGUAUUAUAAGUGGCAUGGGCAGCCUGUGUGCCUCACUGCGAGCAGAACUUACUGAGGAUACAAGGGCUUUUACUAAUUUCAUACAGGAAUCUGAAGCUAAAAUAUUUUAAAUUGUCUGUUAAGGAGGAAAAAAAUCAGGCAUCUGAGAGGCAAGGAGGGUUCUAGUUAAGAAAACACUAUUGAUAUACAAGAGAAAGUAUGAUAAGCAAACCUAAACAUGUAGAUUUUAAGAGCUGCAUAAUGAAAUUACUGCACCAACAGAAGUCCAGUCAGGCACAAGUAAUUCUGGCAGUCAUUAUUCCAUAUGCUGCUUGGCUGCAGUCUCUUUCCAAAUAGUGGAAUGAAUAUUGGAAUAAACUUCUUAGCAUGUCAAAAACUGCAAGAAAUGAGUAACAUUACAAUGACACAAUUUGCUAGGCAGAUUUUUUGCUUUUGGUGAUGGAGUUGUUGACAACAUUUCUAGUGGCAGUCUGGAAAGACCCAGCUCAAAUCCAGUGUGGUCCUAGCUGCUUCUACCUGCUCUCUGGCCACAGCAUGGGCAAAGCCCACCCUCGGCCACCAGAACACUGAUGAAGCCCCCUAGCUCUGCAGGCUAGAUCUGAUUCAACCCCAGAAGUGGGUGACGGGGAAUGCAUUGAAUUACAAUUGCAAAUCAGGUAUUUGACGUAUUUCAUUCAGAUGCUCUGUGAUACAGAUUAUUAUGAUGAAAGUUGAAAAAUAAAGGCAGGUAGGGGAAAAAGGUGCGAGACAAACAUGAACAAGAAGAUGUCUACUAAGAUUUUUGAAAAGGGAGUAAACAGCAUGCUAACAAAAUUCACAGAUGAUACUAAUGUUGGAAGAAGUACAGAUACCUGUAAGGACAAGAAAGUAGUAUAAAUGGAAUUAUACAGGCAAGAAAUAUAGUUCAAGAAGUCCACCUGGAAAAUACAAACUUAUAUAUUUGGUCAAAUUUAAAUAUUUUGGUAAUGUGGAGAUAAAUGAGGGAAACAGUAAUGCUGAAAGAGUUAGUGUUAAUUCUUUUGCUGUAUAUGGAAGGGGCAGCAGCAUAUGACCUAUUCCUUUCUCAACAGAACCAGUCUAAUCGCACCUGAAAUACUCUUCUCAGUUCUGAGCACUUCGUAGCUGCUUGCAGACAUUCAAAAAACAAAAGAAAAACCCAUGCUUUACCAAAAGAAAUAGUGCAUUACUUCAACCCAUCUCUGCAGCAUUUGUAUAGAUCAGGUGCUUCAGUAGAGCUUUUUGGUGCUUUUUUUAUCUAAUAGCUGAUUCAAUCAGCUAGUAGAUAAAAGCACCAACAAAGCCCCGCUAAGGCACCCAAAAUAUACAGACAUUGUGCCUCUUCUGGGCGUGUACUGGGCUGGGCGCAGGAACAUGCCAAGUGUAAAAUGAAGCACCACUUUUUUGUUUGCUUUUUUUAACGUCUUCAAGCAGCCUUUUACAAGAUAGAGACACUAAGAAACUGGAUAAAAUUCAGAAAAGAUUACCAAAAUUCACCCAAGAACUGAAGGGACUGAAAUAAAGGAAAUGCUGAGAUGAAUAUGUACCUGAAGAAUCCUUAGAAAACUGAAGUAGACCUAAGUCUAUAAGUAGUAGUUGAACUGUUUAAUAACUGAGUAGUGAAGGAAUUUUAUUUAGAAUGGAUCAGUGGGGUAUAAGAUGGACCAAUGGCAUGAAAUUAAGAAUAGAUGUAAUGUGAAAAUCAGAGUAAAGCUUGUUGGAAGGCCUUUGUCUUAGUAGACGUCAUUAAGAAAGGAAUAACAGAGAAGAAUUCUACCUGAGGUAAUUGAUUGGACUGGGUAAUUACAUGACCAUACAAGUCUCCUCCAUUUCUGCCUUCUCAUCCCACAUGGAACACCAGGAAAUCUCGAGGUUAUGCAAGCAAAUGGCAUAGAUGAACGUACAAACCUUAUCGUGGAAGAAUACUCAACAUCUGGUCGCCUGGACAACAUCACACAGGUCAUGAGUUUACACACUCAGUACUUGGAGUCUUUCCUCCGCAGCCAGUUUUAUAUGUUGCGUAUGGAUGGACCCCUUCCUUUGCCCUAUAGGCACUACAUUGCUAUAAUGGCUGCUGCCAGACAUCAGUGUUCCUACCUAAUAAAUAUGCAUGUUGAUGAGUUUCUGAAGACUGGUGGGAUUGCAGAAUGGUUAAAUGGAGUGGAAUAUAUACCACAAAGACUGAAAAACCUGAAUGAAAUAAACAAACUUCUUGCACACCGGCCCUGGCUGAUCACAAAAGAGCACAUUCAGAAACUUGUCAAGACUGGGGAAAAUAAUUGGUCUCUUCCUGAACUGGUGCAUGCUGUGGUCCUGUUGGCACAUUAUCAUGCCUUGGCGAGUUUUGUCUUUGGUAGUGGCAUUAAUCCCGAGAGAGAUCCAGAUGCCUCUAAUGGGGUCAGACUUAUAGCAGUCAACAACUUCUGUGUCUGUGAUCUUGCCAAUGACAACAGUAUAGAGAAUGCAUCCCUCAGAAGUAGCAGCUUUGGGAUGGUAGAUUCUUUAAGUGAGCUGGAGGCCUUAAUGGAAAGAAUGAAGCGCCUGCAAGAAGAGAGAGAGGAUGAGGAGGCAACUCAGGAAGAGAUGGCAACUCGUUUUGAACAGGAAAAGAAAGAGAGUCUUCUUGUAGUUACUGGAGCAUUUGAUGAUGAGAUGGUAUCCAUGGAUGUGUCCCGCUACAUUGAAGAUCCUGGUUUUGGGUACAAAGACUUUGCCAGACGGGGAGAAGAACAUCUGCCAACAUUCCGGGCUCAGGACUAUACCUGGGAAAAUCAUGGCUUCUCUCUUGUGAACAGACUAUAUUCUGAUAUUGGGCAUCUCCUGGAUGAGAAGUUUCGAAUGGUCUACAACCUCACUUACAACACUAUGGCUACACAUGAAGAUGUUGACACAACAAUGUUAAGAAGAGCUUUAUUUAACUAUGUCCACUGUAUGUAUGGAAUCAGGUAUGAUGACUAUGAUUAUGGCGAAGUUAAUCAGUUACUUGAACGCAGCCUGAAGGUUUACAUUAAGACAGUGACCUGCUACCCAGAGAGAACUACCAAGCGCAUGUAUGAUAGUUACUGGCGUCAAUUCAAGCACUCAGAGAAGGUCCACGUAAAUCUGCUAUUAAUGGAAGCGCGCAUGCAAGCAGAACUUCUAUAUGCCCUUCGUGCCAUAACUCGUCAUCUGACCUGAAGCAUUCAUAGGGAGAGGGCCGAGAAAUACUUAACAAUAUGUAAAGACCUUUUGAAAUAGAUACACACCAGACGCUGUUUGUGAUGUAGCAUCAGGUUAUUCAAUUCUCUAGUGUCAAAGUUUAGCCGUGUUUUUGGCGGCUGUAAUGUGCAAUGACGUGUUUUUAUUUUCUUGAUGCUUAACAUUACUAAUGAUAGCAAAAAUAACACUGAGGAGCACUAGUCCUACAUUUUUUUUUUUUCUGGUUGGAUUUCUGGACACUGGUCAAAAUCCUGAAAACCGGUUGUUUUACUUCAGUGCUUUGUUUUGCUCACAGAAACAAAGCACUUGCAUCUUGAUUUUUUUGUUUCAAGCAAUCAGUUUUCAGAUUAAUGGAAUCCAGCAAUGGAUCUUUUUUGAAUGUUCUGAAAAAUCUUAAUACUGUGUCAUAAAUCUAGUAGAGAGAAGCAUGCGCUGUGUUAAAUGAAUUGCCCACUGGAUUCUUGGUUGUCUCCUGGAAACUGUUUAUCAGGCACUGUUCUUACUACAACAGUUGAAGGUGAUGUGAAAUGUGAUUCAAACGUUGUCCAUACUCUUAAUGUGAAAUUAAUCAUGAUAAAUUCCACAGCAUGCUACUGAAAUGCAAAGUUCAGCUAUCUUCUUUCCUCUUUCCAAAAAAGAGGUUUCACAAUUUAAUUUUAGCUGUACAUAUUAUGUUCCAAUCAUGCAUAGCAAUCUUCUUACUGUCACCCUCUGUCAAAUUCUUUACAUUAUCUGUUCUCAUCAUAACAUUGCUUGCAAUUCCCUUAGUUGGCACCUGCACACUUAAUACACAGACUGACCAAAAAUUUGUAUUUGCGCUCUCCUUUGUCCAGUCCUUUUUUUAAAGUAAGGAAAGCAAAGGAAGGCUAACAUAGUUGUUUUCUUUUCCUAUUGGAUGUAUAGAAAUUUAUUACCCAUAAUUUCUUUCAUAGUGUGAAUGUGUUAAUAUUCAAGUUAAAAAAUUGUGUUUCUAUGCAUUAAUGUGAGUGAACAAAAGAAAAGUGCAAUAUUUAAAAAGAAAGCAAGCUUUUCCCUGUUACAUCACUACUAAAGUGUCCUUUCUUUGAACAGCCAUAAAGAAAUGUUUAAAACCAAAUUCCUUUAUGGUCUGAGGCUUAGCAUUUUUGCUCCAGCUUGUACAGCUUGAAGCAAUCUGAUAUUUAGAUGCCAAAGCACCCCACAAAUAAAGCCAAUUUGGACAACUGGUAAUUUUGGGGAAGGGAAGAAGUAAGCUGCCAAAAAUGUCACAUUUCUGCAUUAUUUUGUUGCUUGACUAGAUUAAUUUUAAGAGCACAAAAUUUCAGUGUUUAUAGCUUUACUUUGUAUUAUGUUUAAUGACCAGUGAAGUGCCUAAAGAGAUGCAUAAAUUUACCCAGUAGGAAACAAUUGUCACUGCUAAAUCUUUUUUUUUUUUUUUUUUUUUUUUGGGGGGGGGGCGCGGCAGCAGGAGGAAGUGUUUCCUUUUUUUUCUUUCUUUUUUUUUUUUUUUUUAACUCUGAGGGUGACUUUAUUUUGCUUUUACAUGCAUUACAUGCAUAAAAUUAACAGGUUAUUUAAAGUUGCAUUGAAUUGUAAAAGACGAUAUAGGAAAAAAAUUUCCAUUGAAGACUGCAGAAUAGGUUUUUAGUUUGACUAGUCAUUUUUAACAUUUUUCAUUUGAAAAAAAAAAAAUCAUGGACCAUUAUGCUAUUAAAGCUAGUUUCCUGUCUCCUUUCAUUUUCUAAUAACUUGCUAUGACAUCACAUAUUGGGUUUUUUGCUUUAGCUGUCUGUUCCAGAUUGGAAAAGUAAAUGAUUGUACACUUUAUACAUUGUUUCUGCACUUUUGGACUGCAGACUAUUUGCAUGAAAAACCUUGUGAGGGAGAAAUUUAGUAAAAAUUUUCAAGUUAGGGUUGGUUAUUUAAGGACUAUCCAACAAAUUGUACAUCAGAAUCCCUUCUGUAGGAAACAUUGCAUAAACCAUAAAAUGUAUUUAUCUUGUUUAGCUAACUACAAAGACUAUUCAGAAGUGUUGAGAGGCUCAUAUGUAUACACUUAGAUUUUACUUCUUUCUAAUUUAUAAUCCUUUUUUUUUUUUCUUUACUCUAGUGGCUGUACCUAAUGGUUUUAUGCUUGGAAAUAUUCUCUCUUCUAAGAGAUGUUCUUUCAAUUAGUAGUUUGACCUUUUAGUGAUGGAAUCUGUAUAGUAAUACUAAAUUAAACUCCUCUGAUAUAAGAAGCCAGAUAGUUCUCAAAGCACAGUUGAACUUUUGGAAAGAAGGUGAAACUAGAUUUAGGUAACAACCACUUAGUUUCUCUUCAAAAAUGCAAGGGUUUUAGAGUAGCUUUGAGUUUUAAUUGUGAAAACGUUAGUGCCUUUGCUUUAGAUUUUCCCUAUAGAAUUUCCUUUACCUUUCCAGCUGAAAUGCCUUCUCAGCAAUUUAUGUGAUUAGACUUGGAAAUAUAUAAACUAUAAGUGAAUUGAUUUUUUUUUCCAUCAAAGUACUAGUGAAUCAAUAAUAGUGAAGAAAUAAACUUGAUUUUAAAAGGCGCCAUAUUUAAUCAGAUAUGGCCCAUGUCACAUUCCAAGUUAGGAAGUGUCAUUUUACAACUAGUUUGCUGUAACUUUUUCUAUAUAAAAUGCAAACUUGAAAGUUACAAAGCUGUUUUCCAGGUGGUGUUUUUCAGAGUAUAGCAUUUACUAUGUAAUGAUUUAUAGCCUAGCUUUUAUACUCAAAAUGUGAUAUUUUUAAAAUUAUAGAUGUUUGUUAAAGUUAUACGAUUAUACCGUAUACUUUACCUACACUUUAGGCUCACAUUGUGCCAAAUUUAAAUGUGCAAAUGUUUUGUUGAGGAAACAAAAGCAUGUGUGAAUGUGAAUCCUCAAACUUCAUUGCUUAUUAACUUCCAUUGUCAAAAAUGUACCUUAAUAAUUCUUGGAGGUAUAGGCUCAGAUACUGUCUCUUUGCUGUCCCUUGAUGGGCUUUGUUUACCAGGAUUAAUAUUAGUCACCAAGUCUCAGUCUUCACUAAGAUAAAACUAAAAUGUAUUGUCUCCUUUUCUGCUGAAGAACAAGUACAGAAUGUGCUUUAUUGCUUUUUUAAAUUUGUUUUUCUAUAAGGAAGGCAAGUGGAAAAUUACAAAUUGGAAAAGGUAUUUGCAUUAGCUCAGUAUUCUGUGAAAUAUAAAACUGGCAGUUGAACAUCAUGGGAUUAUAGUCAUGCAACAGCAGAGCCCAUUUUAAUCUAAAUAAGACAGGAUUGAUGCUAACAGCAGGCUGUUGAAACUGUUGUAGAGCCCCACAGGAACUGAUUUUUGAAAUUUUUCCAAAGUUCACUGAAAUCAGACAAGAAGACAGAUUCUGCAGUUAGAGUGUACACAGAACCAGCAUAAAAAUCAGAGAGAAUCAUGCUCACAUUUUUAAAAUUGCAGAAGUGUCCCCAUCAGCUUUUACUCUGCAAAAUGUUGUAGCAGCAGGAGACUUAGAAAUAUAUAGCAAAUCUAAAAAAUUAUGUAUUUUGGGCUACUUAAAAACUAUAAGCCAAAGGGGGUAGGGGAGGAAGUGAGAUUUUCUUUUAAAUUGUUUAAAUGGAGAAAGAAAAAGGACAAGUAUUUCAAAGGUAUUUAGGUGCCUAAAGAUGCAAGCAAGGACCUCCAUGGAUUUUUGUUGACUUCAGUUGCAAUUAAGUACCAGUGUGCUUUGAAAAAUCCCUCUAGGGCAGGCGUGUCCAACCUUUUUGAAUGUGGGGCCAGAUCAUGAACUUUUUAUCACCCAGUGGGCCAGCGAGCCAUAUUCAAAGACCUCACAGGAAGUGGUAUCACAUCACCCCCCCCCCCCCCCCCCAAAAUGAAAGUACAGUGCUUACUUUCAUUUCCCAUCACAGCACCUUAGGCCUCAGAAAACAGCUUGGAGGGCCGCAUGUUGGACAAGCCUGCUCUAGGGCUAGGGAUAGAAGUUAUACAUAAACCAGUUUAAGUGAUCAGACACUGGUUUAGACCUGUAACAGAACAGAAGUUCAGUGCACAUAAGCUGCUUUCAAAAUGGACAAAUCCAGUUUCAGGGAAACUUGGAUUCAUGUAGUAUCAGGCUUAACUGAUUUAGGGCAAACAGGUUUAUGGAACUUCUGUCCCAGAUCCCCUCCCAAUUCAAGUUAACUUACAGCCCCCCAGCAUCCCAGGAAGCUUUGCAGCCCUGGGCUGUGCUGUCUGCUCCAGCAAAGCAGGACUGGCCUCACUCCUGCUGUCACAGCUCAGGCGGUAAAGCCUCUUCUCCCUAGCCUCUGACUGUGCCCAUCAACACAGUGGGAUGGGGGUAAGGGAAUGAACCCCAGAACCCUCUAGCCUGGGUCUGCACAGCACUCCAUGGGGCUUAUGCCUCCGCCUCCACCCCAGACUCUUUGAGUUGGGCUGGAAUUGCCUUAACCUCACCCUGCUCCUGCCAGCAAUCCUCGUCUUGGAUGGGAGGGAGAAUUCACCCACUGUGUGGGACCCCCAGCUGGGGUCUGCACAGCGCUGGGGGCACUGGGGGAAAGCCCCCUCCACUGGGCUUUUCAUACCCCACCCCUGCAGCCUGCAGGGAGGGAGCAAGGGGGCAGGGGAGUGCACCCACCUGGCCUAGUGCUGGACACCCGCAAGGCAUAGGAUGGGAGGGAAGCUCCCUCCCCAGGGUUUUUCACCCCCUUGUAGCCCAGAGAGCCAGCUAGGAUCCCUUAGGCCUGCCCCCCUCACCAGCUGCUCUGGUUUCUGAAGGGCUUGGGGGCAAAGUUGGGGAAUGUAUCCCUGCUGGGAGUGGGGAACCCCUGCUGAGGCUCAAGGAUCCAGCUUUCCCCAGGCUGGAGGGGCUGUUUUCCCUUGGGGGAGACAGCCAGGGUUUGGGGGCGUGCGCUGGGCAGCCAAUCAAGGAUGAGCCUCGCUGGGCUUCCUUUGGGUGUCCUCUGCCACGGCUGGCAGGCUGGGAAGCGUGCUGUAGCACCCCCAGCUUCUGGUGUGGACCACUGCAUGGGCUUGGCUGCCUCUGGUUUCAAAAGUGAACAUCGGUUCACUUUAUUAGUUCAAUCUACACAGUUCGGAGAAACUCAGACUUAAAGAUUCAGCCUUGGGCUUUUUGACUGUCUGUACUUAGCCUAGGUGCCUAUCUUCAUUUUUCAGCCUUUUUUUAAAGGUUCUUAAUCAUCUAAAUUAUUCUCCAUGGAGAUUAAAAGAAUAAUUUGCAGUAAAAAGUGUGACUUGCACCAGUUUAUUGAUGAAAUAAGUUUCCUUGUGUGUUUAAUGUAGAUUUAUAAAAGAUUUUCUGAAGGCAGUUAACCUAAAAUGUUGUUGUUUUUAAAGUAGUAUCUUGACAUCAUCUUGCACGUCUAUGAAUGUUCAUAAAAAUAUGCAUUUAAUGAAUGUGCUUAGGCUGACUAGAAUAGACUUUAUGAGGCUAAAUUCUGCAGCAGCUAUGCACUAAGCCUGAAGUUGCUGGAUGUAUGGCCUGUGGUAGGAUUGUGAUUAUGGCCUGUGAGAGCUGAUCCAAGAUCUGUUGACUUCCUGAGUCUUCAAUCAUAGGACAUAGAGGUGACCUUCACAAGAAGGAAAAAUGGAUUAAACUGGAAAAAAUGAAACCUACCCAUGGCUGAUCCAGACCAAUAACUCUCUACUCAUGACAUGCAAAUGCUGCUCGCCACAAAAGCUGGCUAAAAAUGCCAGGGAUUUGUUCUAUAAUUUGAGCUUUAAACUAGGCAAGGGAAAGCCAGCUCUUCCAUGCUGUAGCCUCUAUCUGCCUAUCUUCGGGAAGGUUUUAAAUAAAAUACAUAUUUCCAGGGGAAAAAAUUUCCAAGUGAAAAAGAUUUUGGCAAUCUGUACACAUCAUAAAAUCCCAUCAUCCCUGGCCAUGGGAGACAGGCCAAGAAGAGAUGAGGUGUUCCAGGUUAGGACAGAGGCAUCAGCUGAACAGCAUUUCCUAUGGUAGUUUAACCCUUGGCACAAAUAUACUUGGCCAUGCAGUUAACUUCUGCAAAUCCACUGCCCCCAUCUCCUUUCCAGUUGUUGACUAGUUCUGUUCUUCACCUAGGGCUUCGGGCCCGACGUCCCAGUGACUAGCCCUUUCAAAAGUUCUCCCCACCCAGCAACAAGUGCUCCCUAGACAAGUUCCUAAUCAUGCUUUUCCACCUGUCAAACCUUAAAUUAUCCUUCAGGCAGAAGCAUUCAGACCAAAGCUUUCUGUAUAGCAUUGAGUUCCCACGCUGCCACCAGGAAGUUCCUUAGAGUUCUAUUGCUUAAUCUUGUGCUGUUCCUCCUUUUCAGGAACACUGAAUUCACUUAUUACAUUUAUUUCUGGCCAGGAAAAUUAAAUCCCUUUUUCAAAAGUUUAUUAUUGAGUUUUGGUUUUUAAAUAGUCAUCCUCUCUGCCACUAAGAGUGUGCUUGUGCCUUUCUGAUCACCAUUUCAGGCUCAAAUAUUGCUAGUCUUGCAUUGAAGUCUAACAAGCCUACUUGUGAAGGACCCAUACAAGUUAUUCCGGGGGGGGGUCACAUUCUGACCUUGGAUUACAAAUAAAUAAAUACAUCCAAUAGUAUAUAUUCUCUCAACCCAAUUAUAUAAGUCCUUUCUUGGGCAAACCUCCCAUCAACUUCUGGAGUUCUGUCCAUGAAAGGGUGGACUUGGUUGGUCUAGUAUUUCAAAAAUUUGUACUCAGCUGUACACAUUUAUUAAAGCUUAGACUUAUUGAAGGAAUUCUGUCUAUAGCAGUCAGAUUUGGUCUUUAAGAAACUAAGAGAUAAAUGUGGACAUUCCCAUGCAAAUGCCAACAGACAUUUACCUUUGCUCAGAGGAUGUAAAACAGGCUUUUUUAAGUAGCAGCAGUAAUCUCAGGAAGGGAAUUGGUGUGUUUGUUUCAUAAAAUGAAGUAUCACUAAGUGUAUUCAAAGUACUUCUGUACUUAUGCACAUAAGGGAAAUAUAAAACCUCUUUUCCAAGAAUACUGAUGAGACUUUAUAGAAGGUAUAUGUUUCAGUUGCCCUGUGUUGGAAUAAUUAAGAUAUAUUUUUCCCCAAUGUAUCAUUCUACACAAAGUUGAGGUGGGGCAGCCUUUCAUUUUUGAAAGUGUAAACAGACUGCAGUUUGAAUUUUUUUUCCAGCUUUUAUAAUAAACUUUUGAAGGCAACGUUUUAAGGAACAUGGAUUGCUUGUUCAUCUCUAGGAAUUUAGAAAUGAUGAUACCAAAUUUAUUCCAAUAUAUUAUAAACUAAAAAUUUGCCAUGCAGUUUCUCAUAGUGCCUCUUCAUGCUUAAGUUGUGCCACCAAAAUUGAAAUACAGCCUUUCCCUCCAUUACCUUCACCAGUGAACCAGAUCAAUGAGUAUAUAUUGCAUGGUUGUUAAGAAAAGUAUAGUAAUGUUGAAAGGAUUUAUGCCCACUUAAACCUCCUUAAGGUAAAGAAUAUGUCUGAUAAACUUUGGCUGCAGUCUUAAGACUUUAAUAAAACUCAUAAAGCCACAAAAUAUUUUCUUGAUCAAGGCAGAACUGGAUAUAAACUCUAAUGUAAAAGAUAAGAUUUUAACUUGAAAUCUCUCACUCAUACCCUGUCAUUUUGCUGGACAGCUCUGUAAUGAAUGUAUAUGUCUUUAUGUCUGAGACAAUUCAAAAUCAGACUGCCACCUCUAUUUUGUUUUGUUCAAUAUCGUAUUAUCCUUUUUUAUCUUUUUUUUAAGUUGAGCGAUAUAUGUAGCAUGCUGUGAAUGUCCGUUGGAUCUUUUUUCUUUAAUUCAUCAGUAUUAACACCUGUUCUCUUUGUGUUCGUUGGUACUUUUACCCAUUUUAAUCAAAAGCUGUGAUAUAUCUUUGCAGUCCUGUGCUUUGUUACUGUAACAUUUUGAUUUUUAUGAAGCACGUGACUGUGGGUUAUUGUGAGGCAGACAGUGAUCUUACAUGACUGCCACUUAUUGGUCUCUCUUGUACUACGUAAAGUUGUAAGUAGAAUAAGCUUUUUAACAGAUUUGAUGCAGUUUAGGAUUCACACAAGUUACAAAUGUCCCAUGUGUGAGAGUCUCUGUAUUUAUAGUUUUUAAUUCAUAAAGUAGCAAACUUGAUAAAUAUAGCCACUUUAACUGCUCUUGCUAAACAGACCCUACUGUAGAUUUAAAAUACCACUGUAUAUAUGGGAAGUAGAUGGUUGGAAUAAUGGCAGUGUAUGAAAUCUCUAUUUAUAAAUGUGGAUGAAUUAAGCCCUUCCUCUGAAUGAAGAAAUCUAAUGAGAUGCUUAGUCUACACAAAGUGACUACUGUCCAUUUGCUCAGACAUUAUUCUAAAUACCUUGAAAAGCUAUGGUUUACAUCAUAUCUUAACCCCCUCGAUCAGCAAAUAUGCUAUUCAUUUAAGGUAAGGCAUAUCCCUGGGCAAAGGGCCAAUACAGUGUCAGUGCAAGCAGAACUUUCUGUAUUACCCUCAAAAUAAAGUUGAGAGGGGAUAUGCAUUGCAUUGGCUUGUCCUGGUCCCCUAUAGGGAGAGUUUCCCCCAAGAUGAGCUGCUGAAGUUAAUGGAGUUUGCAAGACUCCUUUCAUAUUUCUUUGGGGUAUGAAAAUAGCUGCAUCACUUUUGAUUUGACAUUCAAGAACCCUGUUUAGCACAGGUAAAUAGUGGCAUUUCCUCUCAGUUGAUAUGAUGUCUCCAAAGAUGGUUUUGGGUCUAAUCCUAAUUAAGGCUAAAUUGUGAUGUAACAAUCUGCCUGGAGUAAGGGACAGCACAUUUUUGUUGAGCAACCCAGGCAGGGGAUUGUUUCCAGAUCACUAUCCCCCUUCCCUUGCUUUCUGUUGCUCCAUGGAGAGAGUAAAUUGUGACAGGUUUAUAUCUUGCAGCGUGAGCCUGUGCUCUCUGGUAUGUACUAGCGCAGCUAUGCAGGCAUGUUGAAGAGAGGGAAUAGAAAAAGAUACUUAAGCUUCAGCUCUAUCCCUAUUUACAUGUGGUGGGGGAAGCAUAGCAUUUCUUCUACAAUCCUGCUUUCCUGCUUGUGCGGCUACCUGUGCAGUGGGUAGCCAACUUAAGGGCAUAAGUGGGCACCUUACUGCCACUUUGUCCCUUGGGCUGCGAUUUAAGUGGCGUCCCAAGUUUGAUCUUAUGUGGUCAUAUCUUUUGCCAAUGGUCUGCCUGUGAGAUGAAUCAGCUCUUGGGAGUUUAUGGUGGGAUUCUACAAGAGCUUUCAGUAUAACUUUUUUUUUUUUCUUCUGUGUUGCUGAUUUUGGAUAAACUGACCUAGCUGGAUCCAUUUUUGUGACUUUCGUAGGUUUUAGUUACCCGACUUGAAUUUCUCUGAACAGAUGCAGAAGGAACUUUUAGUGAGUUAAGAGAGACAUGCAUUUUUUAAAUAAAGGAAUUGUGUGUAUUAACAUGUUAACAGCAAUUCAUAAAUCUGCACUUUUUAUGAAGUUUUGAAAAUUCUAUUUAUAGGUACGAAACAAUGGGGUUUGUUUAAAAACUUUAUCGCAUUUAUACUUGCUGAAAUUUCUUUCAUUGUUAUCAGUAGGAAUUUUAUUGGUUAAAUAAAAUUGGCAAAACUGUU